AGCUUUCCCACAUCCAACCCUCAGCUCACACUGGUUCUCCCAGGCUGGUUCCUUCUAGAGAGACCAGCAUCCUUCUCUGAAAGCAGCUCAAGUGCCUUACAAAACCCUCUGUUCCCAGCUUAUCUUGAAUGAUGAUUAAUAUCCUGCUUUCUAGAUCAAUGCCAUACCCCCUGCAGAAGCAAAGGAGUGAUAGAUAAGUUAGUAUCCCCCAUGGCAAGUUGGAGGAGGAAGGAAGUUCUCCCUAAAGCUGAGAUGGAAACCCCUGUGCUCAGGCCAUAGUGUGCACAUGGCUCUAGACAAGAACAGUGCAUGUGCAACUGCUGUGACUGCACAGACAAACUCAUCUGCUUGAGAACCCGGCUUGCAUGUGGACUGGGAGUAACUGUGUGUGGGCUCACAGCAGCGCAGUUAUGGGAUCAGGCUGCAAACUGUGCAGAAUAUGAGGGAAUUCAGUUUUUAUAUUAUGUUGCAUAGAGAUUUUGUCAGAAUGUCAUCAUCCUCCCAUUUGUCAUUUGUAGCUUCUUGGAAGCACAUAUGUCUCUUACACAUAUAGACCUAGCCCAGUCUAGCUGCUCAAACCUGCAAUUCUCUGAUCUGGCAAGCUCUCCAGACAAGAAGUAACUCUUACUUAGUCCUUGCCAACAUCAUGAUAUACCUCUUAUAGCACUGUAGCUCCUCUUGCACCACAAGAAGCUGAGCUUUCAGCUGGUUACGCUCUUGCAAUACAUCUCGCAGCUCCUGUAAGGUGAACCGGGGGCGAUUCGGAUCUGUGAGGUCUAUUACCAUUUUAUCUGGUCCAAGGCUGAGCUGUAAAACAAAUGGUAGUGAUCAUGAUCUCGUGAGCUGUCAAAAACAGGGCACUCAGAGUAUGUAGUUGGUACAGAUUCCUUACAAUUCUGCUUUAUUUUACCAAGCAGUUCAUUAUAGUUUUUCGUAUUACUUUUGUGUUCUCUGAGUGUCUGCAUUUCCCAGCCAAGCACAGGGCCCAACUGUGACAGGCUCUGACCAAUGCUAAAAGCAAAGCCUCUGUCCCAAAGAGUCUGCAGUCUAGUUUGCCAAGAAGCUGCUUGUAUCUGCUUAUGAUGAGAGAGGCUGAGCAAUCUAACAUCACACCAAAACUCUGUGGCAGAGCGAGAUGGGAAAUGAAUUUUCCUUUCCUGAUUUAAGGCCUUUGUGGUAACGGCUUUCUCAGUCACAGACGUGUUUCCUUCGCACAGAGUAACAAAGCUUUAGCGCCAGCACAUGCGGCACGUUGCCUUGUAUUCUGUGAAACUGCCCGUGUGUGCCUAGGCUCCUCUGCUAAAAGGAGAGGUUCUGAGCUAAAAGAGUGGUUAGUCAUUAAGUGAAACCAGAGCAAUGAUCCACAGCACUGCGACUUGUAACAGCCCUGAAGAUUUCUGCUCUGGAAAGGGCUUCAAGGCUGUCUACAAAGAUAAGAAGUGACCUUUCAGAGACUCGUUCUAUUGUGAUAGAAGAUAUCAGCGGUGGUGUUAGUUGGGUUUCAAGACCCACACGUGCCCCGUGGCCGGGCCACGACCCGCGCUGGUGACGGCGCAUGUGCGCAGCCUGGCAGCCGCGGCUCCCCAGCACCCACCUGCUGGGCGCUGCCUCGGGCCCCCUCUGCUCGCAGCUCCUGCAGCUCCCGCCGCAAGCAGUCCCGCUCCAGCCGCAGCUGCUCCUCGGCGAGGCUGCUCUCGCUCACCAGCGCUUCCAGCAUCUCCAGCACCCUCACGAUCCUGAACUGCAGCCGGGCCAGAGUGGCGGACACCUCUGGCCCGUUCCGCAGCUGCAGCAAGUCCCGGCCCACCACAGAGGAGAUGUCAUAGACAUCCCCGGGCGUUAGCUGGAAGGGGCUUUUCUCCAGAGCCUUCUCCGGGCCGGCGUCCCCUUCCUCCUCCUCCUCGUCCUCCAGCUCCUCCUCCUCGCGGCCCUGCUGCAUACCCGGCGCGGCCGGUCGCUAACUUCCUUCCUCGGGGCAGGGCAGGGCAGGCCGGCCCGGGCGGUGCUGCCGGCGGGGCCCGCGGGCGGAGCGAUCCCUCCCGCCCCCGGCGGUUUCCAUGGCGAAGGCCGCGUACCGCCGGCGCUUCCCGCCCUGCCCCUUCCCCUCAGGAGACACGACCCACCCCCCGCCUGCCGCCGCCGUGAGGGGACUGCGGCUGCACUGCUGGGCCGGGCCGGGGGAGGUAAUCGCAUCGGCUGUUCCUCAACGCGCGUCAGGCGGCUUCUGGGGCCGAGACAAUGAAUGACUGGGCCCCCAUAGCAAAGGAGUAUGACCCCCUCAAAGCCGGGAGCAUUGAUGGCACGGAUGAAGAGCCCCAUGACCGAGCCGUUUGGAGGGCUAUGUUGGCACGCUAUGUACCCAACAAGGGAGUUACAGGAGAUCCUCACCUCACCCUGUUCGUAGCAAGGCUCAAUCUUCAGACAACAGAAGAUAAGUUAAAGGAGGUCUUUUCCCGGUACGGAGACAUCAGAAAGAUCCGUCUGGUUCGAGACCUGGUCACGGGAUUCUCCAAGGGUUACGCCUUUAUUGAGUACAAAGAGGAGCGUGCUCUCUUGAAGGCCCACAGAGAUGCCAACAGGCUGGUUAUUGAUCAACAUGAGAUCUUUGUAGACUUUGAACUGGAAAGAACUCUCAAAGGAUGGAUUCCUCGGAGGCUUGGAGGUGGUUUCGGAGGCAAAAAAGAAUCGGGACAGCUGCGGUUCGGAGGGCGGGACAGACCUUUCCGAAAGCCCAUCAAUCUGCCAAAUGUGAAAAGUGACUUCUAUGGAGAGGGAUCAGCAGAGAAAAGAAAAUGGUCUUGUGAGGGAACAAGGGAGUGGAGAACACGGGACCGAGACCAUGACAGGAGCAGAGACAAGCGAUGGCCAGAAAGGGAGCGGUCGUGGGCAUGGGGUGACAGUGAGAGAGAGAGGGACUCCAAAGAGGAGAGAAGCAGAGGGAGGGAGAGGAAGGAUGGAGACAGGAAGGACAGGGAUCGAGACCGGAGCAGGGAAAGAGAUACCAAGAAACAAAGAGAUGAGGAUAAAUAUCGAUAGGUGACCGUGCCUUGUCGUCUGGAUCUGUGAUGACCAACUUUUCAGUUGCAGGUGUUGCCUCCAGCUUGGGGCUGAGCUGCAUUCCCAGAACAAACUGCAGCGUUACUGUCUCAUACCUGUGACUCUCAUCUGCUUAGCAGCUCUCUCUGGUUGCUAAUGCAGUUCAGAGUGUGUGUUGAAUUGUUCUUCAGGGAGAAUAAACUUCUGUAUGGA